AUGGAAAGACAAGGAUCUGUUCGACGAGCAAGGGAAAUGCUGGAAGCUGGGAGACGCCACGAACCUCAGGCGGACGCAGGAGUGCCACCUCUCAGAAAUGCCGCGCAUAUGGCUCAAUGGCCCUUACCAACCGAGGACUUGCAGACGGACAUGGUCGAUUCGCACGUAAGACAUAUCACUCCCCGGGGGCCCCCGCCUCUGCGGCCCCCACGGCCCGACAUGCCUUCCCCAUCAGUGUAUUCUGAGAGAAGCGUCCCAGAUGUGGCACCGAGCCCUCUACACAUCAAACGACCAGUCCCAUCGUUCUCACAGCCAUUAUCACAUUCAUCGCCUCCUCGGGUUGCUGUUCAACGACCGCCUCCUCCGAGUCCAAGUAGUGUUGCAGCUUCAACCCCGCGCGUGUCUGUUGCGACGGAGGAUCUUCUGAGGCACUCCACAGUUUCCUCGGCUGCCUCUAUGGCAUCGAUCCCUGAUUUCCCCUUCCCCGCUCAACGUCUGCCAGCCGAUCCCUCUCAGAGAAAUGUAGCAAACCUCGCCCCUCCUCCUAUAGGCCGGCAGGUUGUUAAUCGCAUCUCGUCCGUUUCACCUAUUCCAGAAGAGCGAUCCGACAGUAAAGGAUCCUAUGUAUCAAACAGGGCGAUCCCGUCAUGGACCUCGGCAAAGGCUGAAUCAGAGAUCUUGGGGACCUAUCUUGAUGGAGUCUCCGAUGAUGAUGAUGAUGGAGAGACGAAUCAUGCUGUUACUGGGAACAGCUCUACCCUAGUGAGACAGGCAAGCAUAGGAAAACGAGGUCAACCUUCGGUGUGUAUGAUCCGAAGAUCUACUGCCGAGUCGCCUAUACAACCUCCAGAGGAUCCUGCAAGAGCUAGACCUGCCGCCCCGGAUGUACCACCCCCGUCAUUCCCAAAUGAGGUUUCGACUGGAAGGGCAAGGAGAGGCUCGUUUCUGACAUCAUCGUCUGAUUCGUCUCACUUUGAUUUGGACAAGGCCCCAUUUGUAUUAGAUGUUGGCCCACAGCACCCGGAACAUGUCAACUUUGAAGCUCUCGCAAAAGAGACUGAAGUGUUUCCGCGGGCUAUGCCAACGAUGAGUGACAAAAGACCAGGUGGCCGUAGACCACCUCCCCUAAAUAUGGGUGCCGUGCGUGACGCAGAGAAGCGAGGUAGUCUAACAAGUUUGCCUGACUUGAUUCGGCGUGCGACAAAACUUGCAACAAAUCUGGAGCAUGGGAGAACGGCAAGCCGGAAUGAUCUUCUCGGUGGCGGACCGUCCAGAUUCCCAUUUGGCCACCAACACCGUGGGUCGGGAUCUAUCAAAGAUAUUCUUGCCUCAUUUCCCCCACCAGCUGCUACACCAGAGAAUGGUCACUCGUCUUGGCCUUUUUUCUUCAGGCGAUCAACAUUGCAUCAGCUGAAUUCCCGAGAUUCGGGACCCAGGGAGGUCCAGGAGAAGGAACAGAAACGGCCCCGUCGUUGCUGUGGAAUGCCCCUUCGAUUGUUCAUUAUUCUUUGUGUCGUGUUUCUUAUCAUUGUGCUCGUUGCUGUUCUCGUGCCUAUUUUCGUCGUCGCCGUACCGAAGCAUAAGGCAGCCAAUGCCAAGACAGGGUGUGCGAAGACUGCGCCAUGUGAGAACGGCGGUGUUAGUGUCUCGAGUGGAGAUGUCUGCUCUUGUGUCUGCGCGAAUGGCUAUACAGGUUCCCGGUGUACAAUAGCCGGGGAUGCCAGCUGUACCACGACCGAAAUAAAUGACGGCUCCGAAUCCAGGAACGCCACGAUGGGGAGCGAAAUUCCGCGCUUGUUCGAAAACUCUCAGAGUAACUAUAGCAUUCCGCUAGAUCCGCUCACCAUUAUGGCACUCUUCAGUCAAAACAAUGUUUCCUGUACAACAGAGAACACACUGGUCUCAUUUCGAACCGUGUCCAACAACAAAGCCCGGCGCUCUUUCCCCGUUGAUCUGCCAGUCUCACCUUUGCCAGAAGACCAAAUUGGUGGAUCGAUACUUACCGCCACCCCAGAAAAUGUCCCCACACGGACCCUCGCUGCUCGAGGCUCUACCUCAACAAUGAACGGCAUCAUAUUCGAUGGUUCAGAGCCAACAGAGGUCCACGGACCACCGACAAGCACAACACCAUCAACAAUCAAGGAGAGCUCCGUUUCUUCGACCACCACAACCACGCCCACACCAACUGCCACAGUCUCCACGGAGGUUCUGGAUUUCUCCCGAAUCGCCGUCCUCUACAUUUUCGAGAAGACCGGGACGCUUGAUGCGGCCAUGCUCUCGGAGGAGAAGAUUGAAACAUACCUCACUGGUCCAUACCCGAGCUUGAAGGACAAAUACACUAUCGAUCUCGCCAACUCGGGUGUCAAGGGAAACUAUACCUUGAACUUUGAGCGAUUUCAGAUCACAUCACCAAGUGGUGAUGUUGUGGGUGGAAAGUAG